AUGUUGUCCCCGAAAGCCGCCGCUCUCUUCAACUUGGUCCUCCUGGCCUCCGCGGCCCCCGGAAAGCGCCAGUCCACCGGCUCUGGAUCCUGCACCGACCUGCACAUCUUCCUCGCCCGCGGGUGGAACGAGGGUUACCCCGGCCGCCAGCAGCUCGUUAUCGACGCCACCUGUAACGGCCUCUCCAGCUGCGACUACGAGGACAUCCUGUUCGAUGCGUCCAACCCCCAGGGCUACCCCAAUGCGGUUGAACAGGGCCGAGCCUCUGGUGUCUCCCAGAUCAAGGCGUACGCCGAGAAAUGCCCCAACUCCAAGAUCGCUCUGAGCGGCUACAGUGAGGGUGCCAACGUGGUUGGAAACAUCCUUGCGGACUCCGGGCUGAGCGCCAACGCUGCACCUGGAACCCAAGUCUGCGCCGCCCUGCUCUUCGGCGACCCGACGCACAUCGCCGACCAGAGCUACAACGUCGAGGCCGGCUCCGGCUACAGCGGCUCGAUGGCCCGAUCCCGCUCGUCGCUCGACAACCUGAACAACUUCGCCGGCGUCCUGCGCUCCUGGUGCAACGGCGAGGACACCGUCUGCGCGUCCGGCGAGGGCCGCACCAUGGGCGAGGACGCACACACCAACUACUUCCAGCUUUACACCAACGCCGCCGCCGCGUACAUCAAGGAGAAGUGCGUCUCCUCCUCCCCUGCGCCCACGGCGACCGCCACCUCCGGCGCGCCCGCGCCCACCUCAACGGCGGGCUCCGUUUGCGUCUCGGGCAAGGUCGUGACCGGCUUGUCGGACAACUACAGCGGCCUCUGCGGCUUCGCGUGCUCCAACGGGUACUGCCCCGACGGCGUCUGCGAGUGCUCUGCCUUUGGCGCGCCCACGACGGGCCCCAGCGGCGACGGCCGGGACGGAUGCCCCGCCGACGGUCUGGAUGAUAGCUACAAGGGGCUUUGCAGCUUCAGCUGUAGCCGCAACUACUGCCCGCCCGGAGCCUGCAAGUAUUGUUAA